GCCGGCAGCGGCAAAUGUCAUCUCGUUAGUCUGCGUCGAGGGCGUCGGUCGCUGUCGGUUGAACCUUUCUGCUAACACCCACCACACCAUAGCUGGCGCCAUCGCUGAGGGAGGAGGAGCAGUCUGCAGCGCAGAAGAAAGGCGAUAACCGGCCGGGCAAAGAUGAGGAGGGGACUGGGAUUGAGGUUGGCCGUGCCAGCGCAGGAGUCUACUAAUUUGUCAAAUUGGAUGACAAAUAGUGGCACCUGGCGUGAGGGCGAUGUUCUUGUCAGUAGAGAUGGGUUGAAUGUCACCCAGCCAGGAGAGAAUAAUGCUCAACCAGCAGCAAGGCCACAGAGGCAUCAUCAUGAGCACCAGGACCGUCCUCAUCCAGAGGAAGGAGAGACUACAGUAUCAUCUCUGCAAGAUCUGGAGUCUGUUCAGGUGCUGGGACGAGGCAGCAGUGGCCUGGUACAGAAGGUUCAGCACAACAGAACAGGACGCCUCUUUGCUGUGAAGGAAAUCCAAAUGAAUGUUCAGGAGCAAGUGAGAACACAGAUCAUGAGGGAGCUGAGAAUCCUGUACAAAUCGUACAACAGAAAUGUCGUGCAAUGUUUCAAUGCAUUCCACAGCAAUGGUGUCAUCUCCAUUGUUCUAGAGUACAUGGAUGGUGGCUCUCUUGCUGAUGUUGUUAGGGCUGUGAGACGAAUUCCCGAGCUUUACAUUGCUGUGAUUACCAGGCAGGUCCUUCAUGGGCUCUGGUACCUCCACAAGGAGGUCCACAUUAUCCACAGAGAUAUCAAACCGUCAAAUCUUCUAGUGAAUCUGCAGGGCGAUGUGAAAAUUUCGGACUUUGGAGUGAGUGUGGUCCUGGCGAACUCCAUGGGGCAAUGUGCAUCAUUUGUCGGGACCUGCACAUACAUGUCGCCUGAGCGAAUAAAUGGCGGCACAUACGGUUACGACUGCGACAUUUGGAGUCUAGGUCUUUCCUUGAUGGAGUGUGCACUAGGAAGGUUUCCCUAUCAGCCUCCCGGAAAUGAACUGGGAUGGGUUAAUUUCUUUGAUCUCCUGCACACUAUCGUUGAACAGCCUCCACCAACUUUGCCAGAAGACCAGUUCUCUCCAGAAUUCUGUGAUUUCAUCACUGCAUGCCUUCGGAAGAAUCCAAAAGAGCGGCCAUCUGCGGGCGAACUGCUGAGCCAUCCUUUUCUGAAGAAGUACGAGGGGCAAAAUGUGAACAUCUCUAGGCUUUUGCAAACCAGUGCUUGAGGCAGGGGGCGGGCUUAUCCAAGAACCCCAGUGCGUUGGUGUCAACGGGUAUUUGCCAUUGUCCGAAUGGGUGCCUGCUAUGGUUUGCACGUCGACAAGGUCUAUAAUAGGAUAGCAUUGCCAGUGACGCGGUGAUUGUCUGCCAAAAAAGAAUGAUUGUAGCUGUAAUUCAAAGACACUUGGUAUGCCUGAACAUCACUGGCCCUCUGUGAGCAUUAUGGCGAAUGGGUUCGAAUGUGGAGAAUAAAGACCGCUGUAUGCAGGAAUGUGUACUAGAAGAGUUGUGCACCUGUGGCUCGCUACAGGUCUAUCAGCACUUAUGUUUUGAAGGUCGACCAGUGCAGAAAAAGUCAACAGUCUAUUUUUGGUAAGUGAACACUGAGGUACUCUGUGAUGGUCUCUGCUUUUUAAUUUUUUUUGGUUGGUUGGUUUUCGAGUUUCUAAAGCAUCGUUGAUGUUUUCGUGGAGCUCCCUCCCUAGUACACGAUUGUGCAUGCAGUAAUACGACGUAUUCUCCUGUGGUGCGAAUCUGCACGCUGAUCUGCACGCUGUUUCAUUUAACUUGUUGGCUUUGUAUUGCUCUUUUAGCAAUUCCAGGCCAAAAUAGGAACAAGGAAAAAAAAAAAGAAAAAAAAAAAAAGCAAGGGCAGUCACCAUCAUGGGGGGGAGUUAGGAGGGGUGAAGAUGGGGAGGAAUGAGGGGAGGAAUGAGGGGAGGAGAAGAUGGUGGAUGUUGUGGAGGUGGUAGAGUGUUUGGUAGUGUGCGGAUGUGCAAGCUAUUCCAUGUAAUUUCUUGGGUUUGCCCUGCACAUAUUUUCCAAGGCCGGCGUAAGAUAAGGAAUGACACCAGCAGUGUGGAGAGGGAUACUGUUUUUAUUUUUUUAUUUUCAAGUUCAGUAGAAAAAAUAUUUUAAAAAAAGCUAGGUUACCUGGUCGGACAUCCAGGACCCCCCUGACCAUCCGGGGUUGUCCGAUCGGGACAACCGGUUGGACAUCCUCCCCGGGCAGUCUGUCCGAGCCUGAACGCGAAAAAAGAAAAAAAAAGAAAAAAAAAAAAGAAGAAAAAAACAAACAAACAAACAAACAAACAAACU